ACAUUACAUGGAGAGUGAGUGAGUGAGUGAGUGAGCGAGUGAGUGAGUGAGCGAGUGAGUGAGUGAACGAGUGAACAAACGAACGAUUUCGGAUUCAGCACAGAACUGUUGAGCAAAACCUGUAUGCGCGUGUUGAUGGCGUCAUUGGGUGGGUUCACUUCCGAGGUUACGGAUGCGAUUUCUUCCACGCGUGGGCUGAACAUGUGGAAGUCGUGGCUCUCGUCCUGUUUAGGUCUGUGGACUAUUUUUUUUUAUUAUUAAGACCAGUAACGUUAUAAGUUAGUCGUAAGAAAGAAAAGGAAAAAAAAAAAAAAACGGACACGAUUGAAUGCUGUUCAAGCGCUAGCUGGUGGAAGCUCGUUGCUUUUCGGCAUGGCGCUGUACACGAAAGCCGCCGAGAUCCUGGAGAAGGUGGAGAAGCAACAGGGUGCGCUCAAAACGCUGGUGUACGAAAGUAAAUUCGCCAACAUCAAGCAGCUCUUCGCUCUGGUCUGCGAGGCCCAGAAGUUUUCGCCCAUCUUGGAGGAGAUCAUCGUGUCCACCAAGCUGCUGAAGCACACCAAGCUGAAGAUGCACCUGGCCAAGGUGCUAGUCUACGACCUGCUCGUGGGCCGAGGGCUCAAGUGCGGCGGCUCCUGGAAGGCGCUGCUGAUGAAGCAUCGCUCCAGGCUGCAGUCCGAGCUGGCCCGCAUGAAAGUCAAGCGGAAGGUCAGCAGGAACGAGGACCUGCUCCCCGGCAGCGUCCGGCGACCCGCCGGAGACCAGCUGCCCAGGUACGUGCGCGUCAACACCCUGAAGACCACUGUGGAGGACGCCGUGGACUACCUCAAGAGGGAUGGCUUCACCUACUUGGGCGAGGCCUCCCAGUUGGAUGACUUGACUCUAAAGGCGAGACAGUUUGUGAAGGACCCCCACUUGUCGGAGGUGCUGGUCUUCCCCCCUAAAACGGACUUCCACGACCACUUCCUGUACAAGGCGGGGCACAUUAUUCUCCAGGAUAAAGCCAGCUGCCUCCCCGCCUUUCUGCUGGCCCCCCCGCCCGGGAGCCACGUCGUCGACGCCUGCGCCGCCCCCGGGAAUAAAAGCAGCCACCUGGCCGCCGUCAUGAAGAACAAAGGCAAGCUGUUCGCCUUCGAUUUGGAUGCCAAGCGUCUGGCCACCACGUCCACCCUCCUGCUGCGAGCGGGCGUCACCUGCCAUCAGCUGGCCAAUCAGGACUUCCUGAAGGUGGACCCUGAUGCCGCCACGUACGCGGACGUGGAAUACGUCCUGCUCGAUCCCUCGUGCAGCGGAUCAGGCAUGGUGUGUCUCGGGGCCCGGGGCCCGUCGGCCGAGCCUCAGAAGGACGCCGCUCGUCUGGCUUCGCUGGCCUCCUUCCAGCUGCGUUGCCUGAACCACGGCCUUCGCUUCCCCCGCCUGAAGCGUCUCAGCUACUCCACCUGCUCCGUCCGCAGCCAGGAGAACGAGGAGGUCGUAACGGCCUGUCUCCGGCAAAACCCCGGCUUCAGGCUGGUUCCUCUGCUGGCUCCGUGGCCCGAGCGAGGCGCGCCGCCCCUCGUUCAGUGUCUGCGGGCGAGCGUCAGCGGGACGCGCACGCACGGAUUCUUCGUGGCCGUGCUGGAGCGAUGCGGCGAAGCCGAGAAUCCGAAGCCGCAACUGACGGUCCGGAUAAGGCGUCCAGAGUUGACGGUGCUCGGCCCGCCCGCGUCCGAGGAGACCCCCGAAGCCGCUCUCGACGAGUCCGAAGCCUCGGAGUGCGACGACAGCGCGACGGCCGCCGGAGGCGUUGCGCCAGAGGAGAAGAAGAGGAGGAGGAGGAGGAGGAGGAAGAAGAAAAACAGAGGUGUGACAAAAUAAUUGAAAUACUGAAUCGGCAUCUUGUCCACAUGGGGAUUUCAUCAUGUCGGCUUUUACAUUUCAUUAAAAACUCCAUGUUACUAAAA